AUGAAUCUCUUAGGACCUUGUUCUUUUGAACUAGUAUAACGACGUCAAUAAGUUAAAUAUGAUUUCUUAUAAUCUGAAAAUCAUUCACUCAAACAAGAAAAUGAGUUGUUACUAUAAACACUACAAAAGUAUAGAACUAAUUAGCUUAAUGAAAUCUUUUCUUUUGAAAUAUAAGAAUUAAAUAAGCAACUGACAGAAUUAAAACAACAACUAACCUCUUCCUAAACUUAAGCCUUUCUCAAUCUUUAAAUGAGUCAAUAAAUAGAAGCUUUCUAUAUGGAUUUAAUUCAUGAACAAGAAGAUAAAAUCUUAGAACAACGUAGAAUCAUUCAUGAUAAAGAAUAUACUAUUUAACAGUAGGAAAAAAAUCAUACUAUUUUAGAUGAUGGAGUGGCAGUUAAAUGUAAGGAUCUCUUAUAAUUAAAUGAAAUCUCUUUAAAAUUACAUAAUUAAAUUGAGCAUUUACAAAAUGAACUUCUAAAAAAUAAUUAAUAUAUCUAACACUGCUAAAUUAAAAUUAAAUAAUUAAGUACUGAAAACUCUACUUAUAAAUUCGAACUUAUGAAAUUUCGAAAAGCUUUAAGAAAUUAAGUUACCUUUAGAAAAGUAAGAGAAAGUUUGAUGAAUGAAUAUGAACAAAAUUUAAGCGAUACAGAAAUAUCUUCUUUUUCUAAUUAUGGUUAAUCUACAACUGAAACAAGAUAAGCUAAUAAUACUAGUUUUUGGACUCAAAAAUGUAAUAAUUUAGAAAGAUAUAAAAAAUUAUUUGAAUCAUAAGUAACAACAAACACCAUUCUUUAAAGAGAAUAUAAUAAAAUUUAUAAAUAAAAUUAAUAACUAUUAGUAACAAAUGAACGAUUAUGUAUUCAUUCAUAAAAUUAAAAUAAAAAAAUUUAAAAACUCAAAAAUGAAUUAAUUUAUCUUGAAUAAUUUUGGUAAUCCUCAUUAAAUAAUACAACUAAUUACAUAAUAAAAUAUUCAAUUACAAAUCCUGAAGAAUCUAAAUUACUAUUUGAAUAAAGAAGCAGGAGUUGCAAAGAAUUGGAAUACUAAGAACCAAAUGAAAUGAAAGAAUUUAAAAGCUAUUUGCUCUAAUUACAUAGAGAAUUAUAUUCUUAAACAAAAAAAAAGCAAAUAUCUAGAUGUUUUUCAGAACCACCCAGAUGUAGAUAAAUUAAAUUGAAAAAAAGAUAGAAACUCAUAGUUAAAGAAUAAUCUUAAGUAUAAAAUGCUUAAGAUUUAUCAUUAAUUCAUAAAAAGGAUCUUAGUUAAAUUAGUGAAUGCGUAUUCUGA